GGCGCGCGCACCGCCCCGCAAGUAGCCACCAUCUCCUCUCUGGCGGCUUCCAGGCGUCCUCUGUUUCGUGACCUUGACCAAUAGAAGUCUAUUUUUACAACUGCACAAGUUUUACCAUACAGGAUGAAGCAAGAUGCCACAAGAAAUGCUGCCUACACUGUGGAUUGUGAAGAUUAUGUGCAUGUGGUACAAUUUAAUCCCUUUGAGAGUGGGGAUUCAGGAAACCUAAUUGCAUAUGGUGGCAAUAAUUUUGUGGUCAUUGGCACAUGUACUUUUCAGGAGGAAGAAGCAGACAUUGAAGGAAUUCAGUAUAAAACACUGCGAACAUUUCACCAUGGAGUUAGAGUUGAUGGCAUAGCUUGGAGCCCAGAGACUAGACUUGAUUCAUUGCCUCCAGUAAUCAAAUUUUGUACUUCUGCUGCUGAUGUGAAAAUUAGAUUAUUUACUUCAGAUCUUCAAGAUAAAAAUGAAUACAAGGUUUUAGAGGGCCAUUCAGAUUUCAUUAAUGAUUUGGUAUUUGAUCCCAAAGAAGGCCAAGAAAUUGCAAGUGUGAGUGAUGAUCAUACCUGCAGGAUCUGGAACUUGGAAGGAAUACAGACAGCUCAUUUUGUUCUUCAUUCCCCUGGAAUGAGUGUGUGCUGGCAUCCUGAGGAAACUUUUAAGCUGAUGGUUGCAGAGAAGAAUGGAACAAUUCGGUUUUAUGAUCUUUUGGCUCAACAGGCUAUUUUAUCUCUUGAAUCAGAACAGAUGCCAUUAAUGUCCGCACACUGGUGCUUAAAAAACACCUUCAAAGUUGGAGCUGUUGCAGGGAAUGAUUGGUUAAUUUGGGAUAUUACUCGGUCCAGUUACCCUCAAGAUAAGAGACCUGUCCACAUAGAUCGAGCCUGCUUAUUCAGAUGGUCUACAAUUAGUGAAAACUUGUUUGCAACCACUGGUUAUCCUGGCAAAAUGGCAAGCCAGUUUCAAAUUCAUCAUUUAGGACACCCUCAGCCCAUCCUCAUUGGUACUGUAGCUGUUGGAUCUGGACUUUCCUGGCAUAGAACUCUCCCACUGUGUGCAAUUGGAGGAGACCACAAGCUAUUGUUUUGGGUGACUGAAAUUUAAACUAAACUUUUUGUGUACCUUAGAUCCAUAAAACUGUAUUUUUAGUACAUGUUUUGGAGAAUUCCUUAUUUUUAUAUCAAAUAUAGACUGUAAGCUCUAGAAAUGUUCCAGUUAUUGCUUUUGUUAAAUAAAAUAUUGAUGGUUAGAAAAAUUA